CGCUUUUUCAUGUAACACAGGAUACACUGACAGCUCUACUUCAUUUGUUUAAUGAAGACGCAUUUGGGGAAAAUACCAUCAGCGCUUAUCCACACACCGAUUAAUGUUAAUGGCAACAGACAAAUUGUAGUUUAUUUUAUUUUACUCACUAAAUCGCUAACGUCAGCAUCAGAUCACACACACACCCCCUUUCAUUCGCCUGUCAGAUAUCGUGUUAGUUAAAAUCAAAACAGAGUGGCGACAACAAGGAAGCAUAGAGAACACAAGACCGACAAGGCACCAUGACGUGGUUUAGCUUCGCAGGUCGGGUGUGGGAUCGCGUGGAGAAGACGUGUCUUCACCUGCCCAUCGUUCUGAACACCGUUCUCGUGUUUUCCAUCACGGCGGAGGUGAGCUACCUGGUCCUGGUCGAGGCGCCGCUCCAACCGGACCAGAAGAAGACCCAGUGGUCUACCGUGUGGAAGACUCUGCACCUCCUCGUGCAGUACUUCAUGUUUGGCAACAUCAUAUGGAACGCCUCGCUGUUUCUGAAAACCAGCCCCAGCAUUCAAGGAGUGUUCCUGGGGUCAGAAGGCAUGGCACAAGGCUGGAGGUACUGCUACACAUGUGAGACCCACACUCCCCCACGGUGCUCCCACUGCUAUGACUGUAAGGUGUGUGUUCUGAGACGAGACCACCACUGUGUGUUCUUCGGCCAGUGUGUGGGCUUCCGUAACUACCGCUACUUCCUCAGCUGUCUGCUGUUCAUGUGGACGGGGCUGCUGUACGCUGUAGUGAUGAACGCUGAGGUCUUCAUCAUCAUCCUGAAGGAAGGAGUCACGCUGCAUAGCAUCCUGCUACUUCUCAUGCCCUGGAUCAUGCUCGUCUCUGGUCAGGUGACAGCGCGGGCCUUUGCCUUUGCCUUCAUCGCAGACACCUGUGUGUUGGGCUUCCUGCUGGUGGCAGCCUUCCUCUUCUUCCACCUCUUCCUCCUCCUGCGAGGCCAGACCACCAGAGAGUGGUACUCCAUCCGUAGGCCCUACAACCUGGGCUUACUGGGCAACUUGCGGCACGGCCUGGGUACCCACUGGUACAUCUGCUGGCUCUGCCCACUCAUCCCCUCCCCACUGCCUGGGGACGGCAUCCACUUCCAGGUCACAGAGUCACUGGAGCCGGAUCCAAACCGCUCACGGUAACCCUGGUAAUGUGACGGUCACAGGUGUGUGAUGAUGACAGUGACACCUUGCAGUGCAGGCGUUGGGUGUGGCCUUCGUGGAGAAGUUGACUGUAAAUCUGAAAGCCCAUUCACCCACUGCUUGCCCUGUUUGCUGAGUCAGUCAGUGAGUGGGUGGGUGGGACAGCAGGUGUAGCUGCAGUAUCUCAAGGUUGCUCUGUGGUACUUUGACCCAUUGUCUAUGUGCCAACAUUAUUUGAUCCAUUGCCUAAGUCAAUCAGCGAAAUGAGAAAGGAUGUAUUUACUGGUUUGCUUUCCUCAGCAGUUAAAACAAUUAAAUGAGCAUUGAAAUGUGAGUCCACUGAAAUUAUAAAUGUUUUGAUUGUUAAUUGAUUGUACUGUAUUGAUUUCUUGCUGAGGUUUGCUGUGAAGGUAGGAUUGUUGAUUUGGAAGGAGAUCCCCCACACUUACUAGUGCUGGAACAAGUCUUUAUAACCCAGCAUCGACCUCUAGUGAUCUGAUAGUGGUCUUACAGGACUCAUUAUCACCAGUUAACCACUCCUUUCUGAGAGUCCAUAUUUGUCUACUGCUGGACUUGAAAAUAGAUUUUUUUAAUGAUGUUGAUGUCCACUCUUUUCAUUGUUAUUUGUCCUGAUUGAUUGUGCCUUUUGAUUUAGUUACCUACAAAACCUGCCUUGCCAAACCACACAUGUACACUUGGCGGACAGUUUGUUAAGAACACCACUCCGUUCAUGAAAGUGGAUCGCUCCUACAGACAAUGAGUCACGUGGCCGUGGCUUGCUAUAUAAAGCAGGCAGGCAGGCAGGCAUCGAGGAUCCUACAGACAAUGAGUGACGUGGCCGUGGCUUGCUAUAUAAAGCAGGCAGGCAGGCAUCGAGGCAUUCAGUUACUGUUCUAUUUGGGCUAAAUGAGUGACCUAAGUGACUUUCAGCGUGUUAUGAUCGUCGGUGCCAGGCACGUCGGCUCCAGUAUCUCAGAAACGUCUGCCCUCCUGGGCUUUUCAUGCACGACAGUGUCUAUGGUUUCUCGAGAAUGGUGUGACAAACAAGAAGUAUCUAGUAAGCAGCAAUCCUGUGGAUGAAAACAGCUCGGUGAUGAAGGAGAAUGGCAAGAAUCGUGGGAGCUAACAGGCAGGCCACAAACAAACCAAUAACGGCGCAGUACAUCAGUGGAGCACAGAACGGCAACUCGGAAGGCACAACCCGGAGAUCCUUGUCAUGGAUUGGGCUAUUACAGCAGACGACCACACCGUGUUCCACUGUUAUCAGCUAAAAACAACAAGAAGCGGCUCCAGUGGGAACGCGAUUACCAACACUGGACAAUUUAGGAGUGGAAAAACAUCACCUGGAACAUGACAGCGAUUUCAGUUUACUUGAGUGGCCUGCACCGUCCCCAGACCUCAACCCAAUAGAACAUCUUUUGGAUAAGAUGGAAUGGGCAAAAGGGAGUCCGACCCAGUACUUUACAUUUUGAUUUAACCUUUAUUUACUAGAUGGGUGUACCUAAUAAACUGGCCUCUGAGUAUGGUCUCACGUUAUGUUGAGUUUAA